UUUUUUGAACCUUUUUUCCACGUAGCAUUCAAUAAAAAAAAGAAAGAACAAUAAUGCGGUAGGUAUUGAUCGUUGGUGGUUCUUGUUGGAUCAAUAGACCAUAGCGGGGAUUUGUGCAAAAGCUGUGAGUUUGUCACCGACGACAGUUAGCGUGGAAGGUGAAUUAAAAUGGCUGGGAAGAGCAAGAAGAAGCGGAAUAGCAAGGAUUCUUCCGAUGGACAGGGAGAUGGGGAAGAACAACGAAGGGGUUCAAAAGCAAAGUCCAAAAAGUCCUCCAGUAAGUCCAAGAGCGGUCGUUUCCAAGGGGAUAUCUUCAACGAAGCCGCCAUGGAAAAUGCCUAUUACGUGUGUCACAACGUCCAGGAUGUUUUGAAAUCAAGGGGAUUCGCAUGGCCAGAGGCACAGAAGAAAAAGAAGAAGGGAAAAGGAAGAAAAUAAAUCACCUAUUACACUCUGCGGACCAUAAUCUAUUUUUAGGAAUCAUUUGAAUAAACUACAAAUGUACAUCUACGGUCCAAUUUCACGCUAUGUUCUGUUAACUUUGUAAAUGUGUGCUGGUGUGUUCUAGUAAAUUCUACCGCCAAAACACAAAUUCAA